AUGCUACAAAUGCGUCAGUGUAGCCGACACAAAUGUAGCACCAAAUGUUGCAUUGAUGUUGACCAUCUCUGCACACUGGUGUGCAGGAGGACACUGAGUUGUGGCCUUCACAAAUGCCAGGAGCUAUGUCAUCGUGGGAAUUGUCCAAGAUGCUGGCAGACAAGUUUUGAGGAGCUGACAUGCCACUGUGGUGCAGCUGUGCUGUACCCUCCUGUGCCUUGUGGAACCAAACCACCACCAUGUGAACGACCUUGUAGCCGCCCACAGAGCUGUACUCACAAAGCAACUCACAACUGUCACCCAGAUGACACUUGCCCCCCUUGUACCAUCUUGGUUGAUAAGCCCUGUUUUGGUAACCAUAAGACAAUGCGAAGCACACCGUGUUACCUGAAGGCAGUGUCAUGUGGUGCCAUCUGUGGCUUUCCUCUACCCUGUGGCUUGCAUAAGUGCAUACGUGUGUGUCAUGAGGCCCCUUGCGUCCCUUCUGGAACCCUGUGCACGCAGAAGUGCAUGAAGCCGCGAGAGAACUGUGGACAUCCCUGCUCCAACCCCUGCCACAGUGGCCCCUGUCCUGAUAAUUCGUGCAAGGAGAUGGUAAAGAUUACUUGCACAUGUGGACACCGGAAGACCAUGCUGCAGUGUUCAGAGAAUGAUCGAGAGUACAGGGCUCUUGCAACUUCAUUACUUGCAUCGCAAAUGCAGAACAUGAAUAAUGGAAGUACUGUUGACUUGACUGAUAUCUUUACUUCUACAACAAGACCAGAUAAGUUAAAAAGACUUCAUUGCAAUGAUGAGUGCAUACAGAUAGAGCGCAAUCGCCGGCUUGCAUUGGCUCUUCAGAUAGAGAAUCCUGAAACUCGUGAUAAACUUGGAAAUGCUUCUGUGCUCUUCUCUGAUUUUAUGAAGGAUGAAGCGCGAAAGGAUCCCAACCUUGCAAAGAUGGUUCAUGAUGCGCUAACAGAUCUUGUCCUCAAAGCAAAGGAGUCAAAGCAGAAGAGUCGCAGUCAUUCCUUUGCUCCAAUGAACAGAGAGAAGAGGCAGUUUGUCCAUGAAUACUGUGAGCAUUUUGGUUGCCAGAGUCAGUCCUAUGAUGAUGAACCCAAGAAAAACAUAGUUGCCACAGCAGUCAAAGGAAUGGUAAGAAUAAGAGUCAAAACUUCAUCUAAUGGUCUUCAGAACAUCUUAAGAAGCUUUAUUAAAUCAUUCAGAUUCUGCAAAGGUUAUUCUGGCAUAAUUAUAACCAUCAAAAUAUUCAAUAAUUAUAUAAUUGGUCAAUGAUAUAGACUGGAAAUA